AUAAUUGACGGUUUCAUGAUUAAAACCGGUCUUUGAGAGGGGAAGUUUCGUUGCCUAAUAUUUUACCUCGUCUCGGAAACUCAUUUCCUUGUCAGAAAAACAACAAAGAUGGCGACAGACUCGGGCACCUCCUACUAUCAGGGAGGUGCCGUGGUCAACUCGUACACCGAGAUAGGAAAGAGGUUUGGGUUUGACCCCAGCUUAACUGAGUUUGACCUUCAACAGAGGCUGGAGGAGAUGAGGGAACAUCUCAAAAAGGAAAUUAGAAAAGAGAUGAAGAUCAAGGAAGGGGCGGAAAAGUUAAAGGAGGCCACCACCGACAAGAAGAGUUUAUCCGACGUCCAGAGCAUCGUGAAGAAGUCGAACAAUAAGCUGAAGGAGCUUCAGACUGACCUCCAGGAAAUUAACGCCUAUCUAUUGGUGUCCAACAGUGCCAGUGUUCAUGAUUCUCUCGCAGAAGACAAAGAUCGAGAAAAAGAUGCUGGUGAUAUGGACCCCGUAUCUCAGAGGCUUACAUCACUGCAGAAACAGUACAACAUUGAAAAUAAGGUUAAACAGGGAGCAGAAAACAUGAUCAAUAUGUACAGCAGUGGGAACUUCCGGGACAAAAAGAUGCUAGCUGAGGCCCAGCAGAUGUUGUCAGAUGCCAAAACCAAGAUGGAAAUUAUCAGAAUGCAGAUUCUGAAAGUCACUCAGGAUGCAACCAAUAUGGAUGAUGCAAGUCAGCGGUGCGAGGUGCUGUCUCCUCUGGAGCUAAGAAUCGAGGAGUUGCGACAUCAUUUCAGGAUCGAGUCAGCUGUCCAGGAGGGAGCUAAGAACGUGAUGAAGCUUCUUCAGAACAGCAAGUCGCCGGACAGCAAGGCCCUGAAAGAGGCAACCCUGAAAUUACAAGAAUCAAGUCAAAAACUUGAGCUGUUACGAAUCUCCCUGGAAAAUCGGUGCAAUGAACUUGAACCCAAGUCUAAAAAAAUUGAAAUGUUAAAGAAGGAGUUGGACACUAUUACUGUGUCCCCUGGUUACGCGUCCAAAGACAACACAUUAACGCGGGAUUCCUCCAAGUCACAAAAUUCCUCGCCAUUCUCCAAGGCAGCGGCCAUUACCGGCAAAUUGGAGGUUAGGCUUGUUGGGUGCCAAGGUUUACUAGAAGACAUUCCUGGAAGAAAAAAAGACAACCUUCAACUUCUCCUGUCAAGUCCUGGUGAAAGCAAAAGUUUACUCAGGUCCAAGCGUAGCAGCACCAAGACCUACACUGUCAAAGAGGAGUUGUCAAGUGAGGUGAUGGCGGUUGUGAAACUAGACAACCUACAGGUGGCCCAGACUAGCUGGAAGUCUCACAGUCAGCAGUGCUGGGAUAAUAGAAUUAGUAUAGAACUUGAUAGGUCUAGAGAAUUAGAAAUAGCAAUAUACUGGCGGGACUGGAGACAGAUGGCAGCUAUCAAGUUCCUGCGUCUGGAGGACUUCCUGGAUAACCAGCGCCACGGAAUGGCAAUCCAUCUGGAGCCGCAGGGAAUCCUGUUCGCUGAGAUUACAUUUUUAAAUCCUUCUUUGUCCAGAAGGCCAAAGCUACAAAGACAGAGAAAAAUAUUCCCCAAGCACAAAGGAAAGGAUAUUUUGAGAGCUAAGCAAGUGAAUAUCAAUGUGGCUACUUGGGGUCGUCUCAUGAAAAGGUCGCUGCCUCAGCAAUGUGUGGACUCCAAUGCACUCACCCCACCUACACAGAUUACCUCCCCUGGCAUUAUGGCAUCAGACAGGGGGCCCCCUAUUCACCAGAUUAAUUUUGAGCCAACUGAGGAGAGACCACCACGGAUGCCUGAUUCUUCCCCACCUUCCAUACUUUAUGCACAAAAAGAAUUCACCACACCCCCUCACCAGCAGGAGCGAGCUGUACAGGACGCCUUGAAAUCUUUUGAUUUUCUGCCCGACGACCAGUCCAGUGUGAUUGAUCUGGACAACUUGGAACCUAAACCCUCUAAUGCCCGGCCCGUGUCUUACAAGGACUACCGAGCGCCCUCACCCCCCACAACCCAGCCCCGCCCUGCCUCAACGGCGGUGAUGGAAACCCCCAAGUCUUCCAGACAACAAUCUUAUGCAGUUGAACCAGACUAUUCAAGCCAGCAUGUGAACAUGGAUGAGUUCAGGCCAAUAAGUGUACUGGGAAGAGGGCAUUUCGGAAAAGUUAUCUUGGCGGAGUACAAAAAUACCAAUGAAUAUUAUGCCUUGAAAGCUUUGAAGAAACCAGACAUCAUCGCUCGGGAUGAAGUGGAAAGCUUGAUGUCUGAAAAGAGAAUAUUUGAAGUUAUUAAUUCCAUGCGACAUCCAUUCCUUGUUAAUUUAUUUGCUUGUUUCCAAACUGAGGCUCACGUUGUUUUUGUGAUGGAGUAUGCCUGUGGUGGUGAUUUGAUGAUGCACAUUCACAGUGACGUCUUCUCAGAGCCUCGGACUGUGUUCUACUCGGGUUGUGUGGUUCUGGGGCUUCAAUACCUACAUGAACAUAAUAUUGUGUACAGAGAUUUGAAAUUAGAUAACUUACUGUUGGAUCAGGAAGGCUACUUAAAAAUUGCCGACUUUGGGUUGUGCAAGGAGGGGAUGGGUUUUGGGGACAGAACGAGUACGUUUUGUGGCACCCCCGAGUUCCUGGCCCCUGAGGUGCUGACGGAGACCUCCUACACGAGGUCUGUGGACUGGUGGGGCCUAGGUGUUCUUAUCUUUGAAAUGUUGGUGGGAGAGUCACCAUUCCCUGGAGAUGAUGAAGAAGAGGUGUUUGACAGUAUUGUGAAUGAAGAAGUCAGAUACCCCCGCUUCUUGUCAACAGAAUCCAUUGCCAUCAUGAGAAGGCUUCUAAGACGGAAUCCUGAUCGCCGCUUGGGAUCCAGUGAGAGAGAUGCAGAAGACGUCAAGAAGCAAGCUUUCUUCAGGAAUUUAUCUUGGGAUGACCUGCUGAUGAAGAAAGUCAAGCCUCCAUUUGUUCCCACUGUGAAAUAUUCUGAGGAUGUGAGCAAUUUUGAUGAAGAGUUUACUCAAGAGAAACCCGUGCUAACUCCUGCCAAAGACCGCAAAUCUUUAUCUGCUGAAGAUCAAUUACAGUUUAGAGACUUUAACUACAUUGCUGAUUGGUGCUAGCAUUGUGACAAAGUUCAAAGGUCACUUAGCCUCUGCUUCAGUAUUUCUUCCAAGAUGUAUGUUGCCAGCAUUUUUCACUGGCAUUGAUCAAGCAAGUAGGGAAAACAGCAAUAAGGAUUAAUAUAUUGCUAACACUGUGAAUGAUGCUUGGAUCUAAUGCCUCUAAGUAUUAUAUGUUAGGACAAAAACUGCUUUCAUGUUGAAGAUAAAAUAACAAGCAUAUGUGCACUUGACAUUUCUCGCUCCUAAACCUGAACAAAUUCACACUGACCCCUCUGUAUCAUUGUCAUUAGUUCUGGAGCAGGGAUGUCCAUCGUUACUGUAUGUUUAUUUCUGUAUCUACAGGGAAUAAAUUAACUCCAAAGAGUUGUGCAAAUCUACAAGGGUUUAAAUGUUGGUGCAUUUAGUCAUAAUAUAGGUAGGGACUAUACAAGAGUGUGAGAGGGCCGCCCCUGGGUUAGAUGAUCCCUGGGUGAGUGGUCUUUGUGAGGAAUUCUUCCCCCCUUACUGUGAUAUUUGUGUAGUCUUUGGAUGUGUGUGUGUGAAUCACAGUAUCUGUGUACUUACACGGGAGCCAACUAAUGAAUGAAGUGAAUACCUGGAGAUAUCAACAGACAAGUAGAGCAUUAGAUUUGUACACACUACAUUAUGAUUGUUGCUACUGAGGGAAUUCAUUGCCCAGUUAUUUUAUUGGGAAUUAUUAUGAAUAAAAUAAAUAACCUUA